AUGGCCGGCCUCGACGCGGCGCGGCACAUCAAGUACUGGCAGCGAUGCCACACCUCCUUCCUGCCGUCCGCCUACACCGCCAAUGACUCCACGCGCCUCACCUUUGCCUUCUUUAUCGUCUCGGCCCUCGACCUGCUGGGCCCCUCCGCCGACGCGGCCACUUCCCCUUCACCGAGCGCCGCGGACCGGGCCGCCGUGCGCGCCUGGGUCCUCGGGCUGCAGCACCCGGACGGCGGCUUCUGCGGGAGCCCGACUCACGCGCUGCGCGACCAGCCGGAACGUGGCGCGGCGAACCUGGCGGCCACAUUCUUCGCGCUGCUGCUGCUGGCGCUGGCGGCUGGCGAUGAAGGAGAGGCGCGGGCGGCCUUCGCGGGCGUGGAGAGACGGAAGCUGUUGCGCUGGCUGAGGCGGCUACAGCGGCGUGACGGGAGCUUUGGACAGGUACUGUGGGAGGGCGAGGCCGUGGGCGGUAGGGAUAUGCGGCAUAGCUACCUCGCUAGCUGUAUCCGGUGGAUGCUACUCGGCGAGGGCAGCGAUGGGACGGAGGAGGAUGUGGAUGUCGAGAGCAUGGUUGCGCACAUCCGGCGAUGUCAGACGUUUGACGGAGGCCUUGCCGAAGCGUCAGAACAUGAGUCCCACGCCGGCUACGCAUAUUGCGGCAUCGCGGCACUCUACAUGCUAGAUCGCCCAGGGGCAUCCUCUUCAACGUCUAGAGAGGCAGCCAUGAAGGCAGGAAUCGGGUGUCGUGACAGGCUGGUUCGCUUCCUCGCCCACCGCCAGUUCGAGUAUCUCGCGACGCAGGAAGAAGAUGACGACGCAAGUGAUGAUGAGAACUUCAUCGAGUCCAAGCUCGGCGACCUGGACCUGGACGACGGGUGCGCCUGCGUAGGCUUCAAUGGGCGGUGGAACAAGAAGGCCGACACGUGCUACACGUGGUGGGUGGGCGGCACGCUGGCGAUGCUCGAUAGUUUGGACGUGGUCAACGCGGCACCCUCGCGGCGGUACCUCGCCGAUGUCACGCAGCACCGCAUCGGCGGUUUCGGCAAGGCCGUUGGUUCCCCGCCGGACAUCUACCACUCGUACUUGGGGCUCGCGGCACUGGCGGUGCUGGGCGAGUCGGGCCUCAAGGAGUUUGACAUAGGCCUGUGCUGCAGCAAGGAUACGGCGCGCAAGGUCGAGCUGGCGCGUGCUGGGCUGCUAGAGAAGGAGAGGAACGUGUUUGACGGGGACGGAUUCUGGGAGGCGGUUGGCCCUCCCGGGCGGUAG